AUGGAAGAAUACGUUUACGCGGCAAAAAAACCCGGAAGAGGAAGAAGAUGUUUAUGUCCCGGAAGUUUAACUCAAACGAUUAUCGUUUCGAACAAUGGAAGACCCGGAUACAAUUUGGAUUAUCCGCAUCAACCUAAUCCCUGGUCUGGAAACAACAUUUUUUAUCCAAACAUGUUUAGUCAAAAUUAUUUAUAUCCAAACACGUUGCAAUCGAAUUAUCACAACGUUCCGCCAUAUUAUGGAGUAGCACCGGGUAAUUUACCUUUUUAUAAUUUUCCAUAA